UUCAAAAACGAGAACUCAUGUCUACUACAAUACAUGAGUGUUGAACUAAUCGAAAGCAAACUAGCUUUGUGUGAUACCAAAACAGAUGGUGGAGGAUGGAUUGUCAUUCAGAGGCGUGUUAAAGGUGACGUGAGUUUUAUCAGAAACUGGAGCGACUACAAAAAAGGUUUUGGGACAUUGAAUGGAGAUUACUGGCUUGGAAAUGACUGGAUUUCAAAUCUUACAAUAAACGGCUACAGUGAUCUGAGAUUUGACAUGAAAUAUAAAGGUAAAUAAUACUACGCAGUGUACAGUAAUGUGACGGUUGAAAGUGAAGCAGCUUUGUAUAGGAUAAAGUUUACAUUCAAGACAGGCAACGCUACAGAUAACUUUAGUUAUCACAAUGGAACUGCUUUUACCACUUUAGAUAAAGACAAUGAUGGAUGGUCUGGUAACUGUGCUGUGAGUAAUAAAGGCGGCUGGUGGUAUAACGACGGAUGUCAUCGGGUGAACGUUAACGGUGUAUGGGCGAGUAAAGAUCAUGGUGAAGGCAUUAACUGGGGCGGUAUAACAGGCUAUAGAGAUUCUAUGGAGCUCGUGGAGAUGAAGCUACGAAGUCCAUGAUUAUAAAACACUAACGCAAAAAUAAAACAUUGU